GAUCGAGCCGAUAGUUUGUUUAGUUUUUAAGUUUCUUAAUUAGUACAUAUCGGAGAGAACACGAUGCGAUAUUUUGCGAAAGAAGAUAAAGAGGAUAGUUUCAGUGUCUAAUUACUGUUAUUAGAUAGUAAAUUAGAAUAAUACACUUUCAAGAGAAUACAAAAUGACAGGUUGCAAGAAGAUAAGAAGGAUAAUUUUAGUUUUUAAGCUUAUCGCUAGGCUUCCAUUUCGUAUUUUUUAUUUUUUGUUUUCAUUAAUUACUUUUAUUAUUAAGCAUUAGAAUUAAAUGACGUAGACGAAGAGAUAUGACCGGGAAAGGAUAAAAUUAGCGUUUGCUUGUUGAAUUAAAGUGACGAGACUUGAAACGAUUGACGCGUCAAAGGCAGCGGUAGGCAAGGGUUGCAAACCUAUUUUCAUGUUUAUUCUUGGCCACGACGCCGACGCUAGUCGCGAAUAGUUCGCUUUAGAGUUUAGAGUGCAAUUUAUACCGUUUGCAACGAGCGAACCACGUGCUCCGCCUUCACUUUCACGCCUUCAUUUUCAUAAUAUUCGCACGCUUUCCUCCAUUCAUCCUACGGUUGAUUAUAUCAAUCGAUCGUCUACCGUACCUUCGAUGAAUCUUCGCUAAUUUAUCGUGUCGUAAUUAGGCCGCUAUUGUACCAGAUUACACUAAUCGAAAUAAGUAAAAAAAAACAUUUGAUAAACACGAGUCGAAAAAUUAUUCAGACCGGCUCGAGACACGCGUGUUAUCGAUACGAUUCCUCCGUUUCUCUUCCAUCGAGUUUAAAAAAGAAAUUGCAAACAGUGUCAGGUGACGUAAGUAGCGAUCGCGAAGCUGGUGCAACAACACGUUCUAUUCAUAUCACGAAAAUAGUCGCGUGAUCUAUAGAUCAGCUGGUGGCCGAGUUAAUUAGUCGAACAGUUAUCUCGAAAGUUAAUUAUUCAGAUAGGAAAGGAUUGAAUCAAAAGCGUUGAAUCGGUGAAUAAACCUGUCCUCGACUGCUUCGACUCAUCGAUAGAAGUUACGAAGUAACUGCGAGAGAACGCAGCCUAGUUUCCGCCAGCUGGGAACGCGGGAAAUUUAAAUCCGAUCGCGCGCUCCGUAUCGCGGAUGAAAAUUAAACAGUGUUAGUAAAAAGAAUUUCAAAACUGAAACUAUUAAGUUGUAACAUAUGAAAUUUUCUACGAUUCAACGAUAAAGAAAGUUAAGAUUCUUGGUCUGUGUAACAGAAAGAUAAAAUUGAAAAGAUAAUGUCGAAGAUGUACAGAAGUUUUCUGACCACCUCUCAAAUCAGAGCGAAGCUUUUGAAAAAUAUGCUGAAAUUCAGCUCGAUAAAUACGAAAAGGAUGGCUUCCGCGCAAAGUAGCGAUCAGAUGGUCAUACCUAAAGAGGAUGUAGUCAGAUUUAUUAACGAAUGUAUGUGCAAAGUUGGAACGACACCAGAAUCUGGAGAAAUCGUUGGCCAUCAUUUAAUGACCGCUGAUUACAGUGGCCAUUUUAGCCAUGGAAUGAACAGGGUGCCAAUGUACAUAAAGGAUAUUCAAAAUAAGAUCACCGAUCCUGUUGCUAAGCCGCAGAUCAUUACUGAUUUUCAGGCGAUAGCUUUGGUCAGCGGGAACAACGGUCUGGGCCAGGUGAUCGGUAAAUUCUGCAUGGAAUUGGCGAUAAAAAAAGCGAAGAAGUUUGGUAUCGGCAUGGUGUCGGCUCGUCAAUCGAAUCAUUACGGAAUCUGCGGUUACUACACGGCGAUGGCGAUCAAACAGAACCUGAUAGGCUUUAGCUGCACCAACACCAGCCCUCUGAUGGCUCCAACUCGCAGUAAACAAGCAGCAUUGGGCACGAAUCCUAUAAGUUUGGGAAUGUCCGCAUUGAACAACGAUAGAUUCAAUCUGGACAUGGCCACCACAGCCGUGGCUUUGGGUAAAAUCGAGCUCGCUGUGAGGAAAAACGAACCCAUACCCUCGGGUUGGGCGCUCGACGUUCAUGGAAAGGUGACGACAGAUCCCGAGAAAGCUUACGAAGCUACGGUUCUGAUGCCUCUCGGAGGUGAAGAACGUAAUUCAGGUUACAAAGGUUACGGAUUGGCUUUGAUGGUCGAAGUGCUUUGCGGAAUUUUAUCCGGAAGUCACUUUGGACCUAACAUCAGAAAAUGGAAAGGUAGCCAAAAGGUCGCUAAUCUCGGACAGUGUUUCAUAGCUAUCAAUCCGGAAGCUUUUUGUUCCGGGUCACAAGAAAGAUUAUCGAAGUUGUUGAAACAAUUGAGAGAGCUACCUAUUGUCGGAGACAAGCCUGUUAUGGUCGCUGGAGAUCCAGAGAAACACUCCAUGGAACGCGUGGAUAAAGAAGGUGGCAUUACUUAUCAUCCUAAUCAGUUAAAAGCUGCCAAAGAGUUGGCGAACCAACUAGGAGUCGCACCUAUGAAAAUUAUUCCUAAGAAAAAAUGACUCGUUGAUUAAGGAUUAAGGAUUUAAGACAGUUUUCUAAAUGUUUUAGUUCGUUGCAUAGUUGUAUUUUAGAUAGAUAAUGUGAAGAAUUAACUAAGUUCAAAGAUAUCUCGAAUUGAAAUGGGUGGAAGUUACACGAGACUGAAUUUUAUUCAUCUUGCAUUCAUUUUACACAAUUGUAAAUUUGUCACAAUCAUAAUCUUUAAACGUUACCAUUUUUAUAUCGCUGUACAAGAAGAAGUCUAUUUUAUAUAAAUCUUAAACAAUAA